UUCUCACAAUGUCCCAAAUUUCUAUUUUAUAUCUCACACACAGCGAUUUCUUCACGCAAUCUCUCACCCCACACCGAAUUCAAGGACGAAUUCAAUCACUUCUGUUUCUCUUGUAAAUCCUCGCCUACUUUGAUUGUGUUCAAUUUCCAGUAAAUUGUUCAUGUUGAUCUAAUUAUUGUUGUGAAUUUGAUCGGGUUUGGUCCUUGUUGAAUUGGGUUGUUAAUGGAUUCCUGGGUAUUUUUCUAAAAACCUGAAUAUUACUGUUUUGUUUUUUCUUAAUCCGUUGAUGAUCUGAAUCGGAAUAGUGGUAGAGUUAUGGGUAGGGUUUGGAUGCGAUUUGGGGUUUAUCUGUGGGUUUAGAUAAUUGAUUUUGAUCGGGUAAAGAUUUGUACUUUGACCAUAUUGAUCCCUACCCAGUGCAAUGCUCAAUCUCUGUUUAGCUAUGCUUAAUUUCCUUUGGAUUUUAGGUUUGGAGAUGGCCUUGGGUUGCCGUCUAUUUGAUUCCUAUUUGGGUUUCUGGUUUAGAUUUUUUGGGAACUUGUGCAAUUUUGUGUAUGUUUUGUAUAUGAAAAGGGCCGGAUGAGUGUAAGCCCUUUUAGAAUAUCUGAACAGCAUUAGAAUCAGUGUAAGAUAUUUAGGUGGUGAUGUGAGGAAAUCAUUGUUCAUGAUCUGAUCAUGCUUUUGGGUAGGUGGGUUAUUGUUAACGAUUAUAAGAUGUUGGGUAAGGUUUAAAAAGAUAUUGUGGUUUUCAUUUUCUCGGCAGCGCUUUUAAAGGUUUUUGAAAUGUCAGUUCAAUAUUAAUCUGGUCUGAGGCAUGUAUACAAGCAUGCUCUUUCUAAUGAUAUUGCAUCUAACCGUCGCUGAAUAAUACAAUGAUUGGAUUACGAUUUUGUGGGCAUGACAUCAAUUAUGUCUUGUGGUAUAACUGCAGGUCUCAGUCUCACUGGUGAUCUGUUGGCCUGAGAAGUAGUCGUUAUAUAUUUAAUCAAGAAAUCUAUCACUUCAAGUUCUGUACUGCUGUCCAUUUGCUGCAUUAUUUAUCUCACAUUUUGGAGCAUUGUAAGAGUGGUUGCAUUGUGAUUUCUAUUAAAGUCAAGUAAAGAUUCAGUAUUUUUCAGUUGGUAACGCAAUAGAGAUCAGAAGCUCCAGUAGGGAACUUAUUUAGAGCUUUGCGUUUUGUGUAUGCAAGAUGGCUGGUGUGAAACGAAGAAUAGAAACUGAUUCAGAUAUUCGUGCUCUUUACAAAGAACUGGAUGCGGUUACAUGCCCUAUCUGCAUGGACCAUCCACAUAAUGCAGUUCUCCUCCUUUGCAGCUCGCAUGAGAAGGGUUGCAGAUCUUAUAUUUGUGAUACAAGUUACAGGCAUUCAAAUUGCCUGGACCGUUUUAAAAAGCUGAGGGAAAAUACUAGGAACAAUCCAACUCUACCCAGUUCUUUACCUGUAAACCAUUCUGAUUCUCAUAAUAUUUCUGAUCUGAACAUCCCUUUGAGGACAGAGUCAAAUGAAGCUAAUGAAACUCACAAUCUGAUUGAAAGCAAUACUCUAAUAUCUGUUAAUUUACCCGGACCGCCACAAGGACAUAUUAUUCAAGAUCUAAAUAGGCCUUUAGAAGCACAAACAGAAGGUGUUCUGGAAGUGGCUGAUUCCGAGUCAUUUCAGGAAAGGGUUGAGCAUGAUGAGUUGGAUGGGGAGAAUUCACCAGAUUCAAAAUUGAGCUUGAAAUGCCCUUUGUGCCGAGGAGCCAUUCUUGGAUGGGAGGUUGUAGAAGAUGUCAGAAAGUAUCUUAACCUGAAGAAGCGAAGUUGCUCUCGUGAAUCAUGCUCAUUUUCUGGUAACUACCAGGAGUUGCGCCGGCAUGCCAGGAGAGUUCACCCAACCACUCGACCCUCCGACAUUGACCCAUCUAGAGAACGAGCCUGGCAACACCUUGAGCACCAAAGAGAAUUUGGUGAUGUUGUCAGUGCUAUUCAUUCAGCCAUCCCAGGUGCUGUUGUGGUUGGGGACUAUGUUAUUGAAAAUGGAGAUAGGCUAGCAGGGGGAGGGGAAAGUGGUGCAGGUGAAGCUAAUGGACCUUGGUGGACUACUCUGUUUUUGUUUCAGAUGAUUGGCUCAGUUGACCGUGCUGGGGAACAAAGGGCUCGAUCAAGGGCUUGGACAAGACAUCGGCGUUCAAGUGCUUUAUCUGAACGCCGGUUUCUUUGGGGUGAGAAUUUGUUGGGUCUUCAGGAUGACGAGGUAGAUGAUGAGGAUGAUGAUGAUGAGAACUUGCCUAUACUAAAUCACAGAGAUUUGUCUCCGAUCCCCAGAAGGCGUAGGCGUUUGACACGGUCAAGGUCGGAUGAAGAUCGACCAUGAGAGGGGUCUUUUAUCUGUUACUGCAGUAACUGAUCGUCAGACAAGACCAACUGCUCUAAGAACUGCAGUUUGAGAACCCCAUC